CGGGAGUUGGUUUCGUCCUUGGAACCCGCCCUGACCUAAACUGACUUGACCUAUCAUGAUCUGCCUUUAGCGUUAGACGUUGAUGGACCGUGUUUUUAAAAGGCACAGGGUUGCCGAACUAAACGUCGUGAAAUCUCAGCGCAAGUUCUUAUCUGAGAAGGAUGCAACUCAGCGCUUUAAAUAUUUGAAAACUCUAAUCACAAGCUUACCGAGAACUGAACUGCACAAGUUUUUCGUGAGCAACAGAUCUUGUAUAUUUUACACUUUCACGGAUCUGUUUUUUUGUCCUGAACAAGAAUCAAAGCAGCGAGCGAACUCGAGCUAUACUAAGGAUUUGAAAAGUGUGCUUACCCUCCUUGAAAAUAUUCUGACGUUGCUUCCUGAUUAUAUUCGUUUGAGAUGGCAAUACAACUCUAUUGUUGAGGUUUUGGAGGAGCUUCUUUGUGAUAGAAAUGCGUUGUCAAUCAGGAAAUAUGGGAUCAGACUAUUCUUGAUAUGGUACCAAGUGCUCGGAACAAGUGCGACACCUAGAUGUCAUCAGAUGUUUGUUAAUUUGGUUCCAAAGUUUGGCACAUGGAUCUCUGAUUACCAAAAUCGAGGAUCCCUUAGCACUUCUGACAAGAUCCCUUCACCCCUCCUUAACUCAUCUAGGUCUUAUUUCGGAAUCUCACCUCGUGAAUGUACUCUGUUUACCUUCCCAAACUACGAGGAACGUCAGUCGAGUCAGGAUGUCGGGCGGGAACUACUCGAGCAUUUCCUUAGGUGCUUGGUGUCAGAUGUGUUAUCCGUUACUUGGAAUGAUUGCCCACAGGAUCAACAUCUUAUGCAAUUUUGGUUCCUCUUUGAACAACUAAAACACACAUACCUACCGGUAAUCUUUCCGUG